AUGCCGGUAUAUCACAUUGCCCUCUUCAAGCUCAAAAGUGAUGCUGAUCCGAAAAGUGUCCGCCAAUGGCAGGAUCUCGCGCAUGCCAUGGUGGGUAAAGUGCCAGGUCUGUUAGAGCUCCAGGCUGGACCACCGGUCGAACUCACCGCGCCCAUGGCCAAGGGCUACGAUAUGGGGGUUGUGGUGCUGGUGGAUUACGUCGAGACAUUGGCUACAUUUUUCACCCACCCCAGCCAUGAUGAGGUCCACGAAUUGUAUAUGCAAGUUUGCGAGCAAGGAAGCACAAUCGGUUAUGAUAUUGAAUUCUAG